AUGAAGCGAUCCAAGUGCCGUCUUUGUUUUUUCUCCUUCAAUAUCUGCUGUUUUUUCGAAGACACAACGGAUCGUCGAGAGUCGAGUGAGUUCACGACGGAUGGGCUUCUCCUCUCCCUCCUCAGGGGAGCUACCGGGUGCUGGGGCGAAAAGGCCUUUCACGACUUGAAAUACACGAAAGGAAAGAGUUUCAAGCAUGAGAAGACCAAGAAGAAACGUGGAAGUUAUCGCGGGGGUGAAAUUUCUUUGGCCGUGAAUUCCAUCAAGUUCGAUGAUGAUGAUUGAGCUCGUUAGCCUCUCCUUCGUUUGCCCGACGUUCGUUGUGCUCCUUUUGCGGCAAUUCGUUCGUUUUGAUGGAACUUUUUUUUAAGGGUUUUCGGGCAUGCUUUGCGGGACGUGAAGUGAGGAAGAAAAGCGUUUUGUUGCCGGAAA